AUGGGUUGUGUUAAUGGGAUGUUUGGACAAUAUACAGAAGCAGAUGUUGAAAUGGAAAUUACAAAUCUCACACCUGGUUUGCCGGUAGCCGAACUUAUGAACGGUGGAAUUGUUAAACUCCAAGGUGCUAAUGGAUUUUUCAAUCCAAAUUCUCUUCUUGAUCCUAGGUGGUUAAAAGGUAAAAUGACACCAGAAGAAUAUUACCAAGCAAUCGAUUAUAUCAACAAAUGCACGGGUAAAUCUCAAAUUGGCCUGAGUAAGGUAUAUUCUGUAUCCGAACGACCAAUGCGUGCAGAGCUACGGAUUCAGGCGGGCUUAGCUGCAGUAGAAGAAAUCAAUAAACGAUAUCCAUCAGUUCGUUUUACUUAUCAACAAACGGUUCAAGCUAUGGAAAUUGACACAUCAUAUAGUACAGAUCCUGCUAUGCGCUUUGUACAACAACGUGGAAAUACCAUUGGUCAUGCAUCAAUAACAGCACUUUAUAUUUCUGUCAUAUAA